CAUGCAAUGCCAUGUUGCAUAAAAGGUAUGAAACAGACAUGCUUCUCUUGCCUUAUCUUAGCGGUUGCUCUCGUGUUUCACUGUUGAGAAGGAUUUUAGAGGUGGGUUUUCAUAUAUGACCUAUUUCGUGUUGUGGAACUAUCCUUCUGUUCAGUUUCCAGACUGUUAUUACUAUCAAGGUAUGCACCAUUUUGUCACGUUUUAUUUACCAUAUGUUGAGAUAAUCAUAUGCUUUUAUCCUUUUUUUUGUCAACCUGUCGUAUUACACCAAGGGAGAUUUAUUAGUUAAACCAUCCUUGCCUUCCAGGAAUAAAUCCCACUUGGUCAGGAUGCAUAAUCUUUUUCUACAUCAUGAUCAAAGGCUGCUAUGCUUGAAUUAGUACUAUUUAGUCGAAGAUUUUCACAUAAAUAUUCUUUGGGAAUAUCAUUUUGUACUUUUCUUUUCUUGCAGUGCCUCUUCUUGGCUUUGGUACAGUGCAGUGGUGGCCUGAACAAUUAAAGUAGGAAGUGCUUCCCAUUUGAAUUUUUUGGAAGCAGUUGAGAAAGAUUAAUGGUAAUUCUUCUAAUUCUGGGUGGUUCUCGUGAUUCGUAGCCGUGACUACUCUACUGGAAUGGCUACAACAAAAUGCAGUUCUCAUCAGAGAAAGAAACUCUUUGACUAAUGGCGUAGCCUGUCCCAUGAUUUCUAAAAAGUUGUGCUUCAGCUGCAAGAGUAUACGGUACCACAAUAAUGGAGAACUCUCUCUCUGUUGCUUUCCCUACCCACGUGUGUGUGUGUGUGUGUGUGUGUGUGUGUGUGUGUGUGUAGAACAAAGAGAAUUUAUUAGUGAAGUACACACAUAUUAAGCAUUUGUAGCAAGCUGAAGCUGUCUUAUGAGGUAAAAACUACAGAAAUUACACCAACUGGAGACCUAGAGUAAAGGUAGAGAGAAAGACAGAGAAUUAUGGAGGAAUGAAUUAUGUUCCAUUAGUAUACAUUACAUAAAAUGUAUCGUGUUGUAGACAGACAUUAUAUAUAACAUAUAAAUAUAAAAACGACACUGAACGGUAGUGUCCACUGCCUUAGAAUGUUUCUAAAGAUGCAGGAGGCCUUGAGCUCUUCUCUCUUGUUUGCAUCCAACACGUGCUCCCAUUGUGUUACCUGCUCUGCUCACAACUUUUUCUUUGAUGUUGCCUGAUGGUUUCAGGUGAGCUCUUGACUGAAGGCCUUUGCAUAUUCGAUUUCUCUGGCUUAACUGGUUUUCUCAAAGUAAUUGGGAAGGUUCAUAUAUCCCUUAGUUUUCUAGGUCAGAAACCCCUGAUCGACUUGACACAUUGGCAAGUUUCCCUUCUACUUAGACUAAUUUUUCCUGAAUUAUUUUACUUAUUAGUUGUAACCACCACUUAAAACAUCAUUUGUUCAUUUAUUAAUAUUCUAUUCCUCCCUCUUCACACACAUAAACAUCUAAGACUCAGUGUUGUUAAGGGCAAACACCCAUCACUACUUUUUGUAAUGCUUUCAACAUUACUUGUUACAAGAUAUUUUUGUUAAAUUUUGUUGGGGGAAAAAAAAGAUCUCAGGAAAUUUAUGGAGAACAUUGCUCUGAAAUUGUUUUGAUUCAGAACAAGAAUUGUGAACAGUUUCAGACUCAUGGAAAACAUGGAGCAUUUGAGAGUCCCUGAAAUUUUCUGGUACAUAUUCUAGAUUGGUAGGGAAUGUGUAAGAAUUAAUGAGUGAAGUGUGUUGAAAACGAAGCAUUUCUUUCAAUACUGUGAUCACUGCUGGUGUCUUUACAAUGUUCUUGUCUCUGUUCCAGCUGUUUUCAUCAGUUACAUGGAAGAAAGAAAUCAAACCUGUGUCACACAAUUUAUUCUCCUGGGACUCUCAGAUGAGGGGGGGCUGCAGUCACUUCUCUUUUGGGUGUUCCUGUCCAUGUACCUGGUCACCUUCACUGGGAACCUACUCAUGAUCCUGGCCAUUAUCACGGACUCCCGCCUCCACACGCCCAUGUACUUCUUCCUCUCCAACCUGUCCUUUUCAGACAUCUGUUUCACCUCCACCACCGUCCCAAAGAUGCUGCUGAACAUCCAGACGCAGAGCAAAGUGAUCACCUAUGAAGGCUGCCUCAGCCAGAUGUACUUUUUCAUGCUUUUUGGAGUAUUAGAUAACAUACUCUUGACAGUGAUGGCCUAUGACCGGUUUGUGGCCAUCUGUCAGCCACUGCACUACAUGGUCAUCAUGAACCCCAAGUUCUGUGGCAUCCUGCUCCUGGUAUGCUGGUUAUUGGGUGUUUUUUACUCUCUAUUACUUGACUUACUGAUUUUGCGACUCUCCUUUUGCACAGAGCUGGAAAUCCUUCACUUUUUCUGUGAACUUAAGCAGGUGAUCCAACUUGCUUACUCUGAUACGUUCCUCAAUGACCUGGUGAUGUAUUUGUCAAGUGGACUUCUGGGUGUUGUUCCACUCACUGGCAUCCUUUCUUCUUACUCUAGAAUUGUCACUUCCAUUUUGAGAAUUUCAUCAGUGAGGGGCAAGUAUAAAGCAUUUUCCACGUGUGGGUCUCACCUCUCAGUGGUCUCUUUGUUCUAUGGCACAUGCCUUGGGGUGUAUCUGAGUUCUGCUGCUGCACAAAACUCCAGGGCAAGUGCCAUAGCCUCAGUCAUGUACACGGUGGUGACGCCCAUGUUGAACCCCUUCAUCUAUGGUCUCAGGAACAGAGACAUCAAGCAAGCCCUGAGAAAUCUCUUUAGCCGAAGACAUUGUCUGCAUAUAGGAUUCUUUGUUUCAAGAUAAAGACUUGAGUAACAGGGCUUAAAACCCUAGAAGACCUAGAUCAUGAUAUUUGUAUCAGUUCAGAAGCUGACAGUCUGCAGUUUAUCUUUCUACAGUAUUCGGUUGCUAGAAAUUUUUCAUACUUUAUGCACAAGUAUUUCUUCGGUAGUUUUUAAGGCAUUUAUUUUGAGAGAGAGGGUAAGAGCAAGUGGUGAGAGUCAGAGAGAUUGAGGGAAUAUCACAAGCCAUGUCCAUGCUAUCAGCACAGAGCCUGAAGUGGGGCUCAAUGUCAGAAAAUUUGAGAUCAUGACUUGGACCAAAAUCAAGAGUGGGGCGCCUAUUGGUUCAGUCAUCCAGACACCCCUCUUCUGUAUUUCUCUAAAACUGUUUAGGCCUCUCAUUAAACUUCAUCCCAUGGAGUCUUAAUUUUUUUAAUGUUUAUUUAUUUUUUGAGGGAUGGGGGAGUAGGGGCAGAGAGAGAGAGGAAGACACAGAAUCAGAAGCAGUCUCCAGGCUCUGAGCUGUCAGCACACAGCACAAUGCAGGCUCAAACCCAUGAAUUACAAGAUCAUGACCUGAGGCAAAGUUGGAUGGUCAACCAACUGAGCCAUCCUAGUUUGCGAUAUUUAAGAUUGCCAUAUUUAAGAACAUAUACCUAAUAUAGCAAAUUGAGUACUUUUAAUGUGAUAGGAGGAGCUACUGAAGUCAAUGUGAAAUGCUUUGCUAUGGGUUUAAAGCACUAUCUUUAUAGUAUAUAUUCAUAUAUAUACAGAUAUAUUAGAUUAUCUCCUUUUGGAGGAAAACCAUUGAACAUAUCAGAAUUGAUAGAUGAGUUUCCAGGGCUUCAUGUCAAUCCACCUUGGAAGGAGAUCACAUCUGCAAGAGCAGAGGCCCCUGGAACCCUCUGUGAUUAGUUUGCAAUAAUCCAUCUUUGCUAUGCAAUCUUCAGUUUCCCCUCACACAGUCCUAAAUAUAAAUGAGGUGUGAAGAUAAUAGAAAUGGCAACUGCUGAUGUUUCAGGCCUUGAUGGUGUCAUUCUUGGUGAUUUUCCCAGGGAUGCAUUAUCAUUUUUCCUUUAAUGUUUUGGUAGGCAGCAACGCUGUCCUGUGAUUUCCCUCAGCACCUCCUACCGUGAUAGGCUCUUCACAGAUCUCACACACAAUAUGGCUACUCUGCCUAUUGCCACCGCCAUCUUUUCUAAUGCUGCAUCCCCGAAAUUAGGCAGUGUGAGCAGGAUACACUCAAGGACCUAACCUGUGUUGUGUGAGACAGACUAAGACAAAUGUCUCCUUAUCACCUGACCCCAGAAGCCCCCACUGGGAUUGUCAGCCAUAAUGGUAAUCUCCUAUUACCUGAUUCACAGUUUUCCAGCUAAAGGUCCACAGGUCCUUUCAAACACUAGUAUGCAGAUAAAUGUUCAUGGAACUAUCUCUCAGAAGCAAAGACAAAAAGAAACAGAAAGCAAGAAGAAAGGUGGAAAAUAAGAACAAAAGAUUAAGAAGAGAGCUUACUUGUAGCAUUUGCCAGUUUCCACGGUAUCAUUACUCUCAUUUUGCCCAAUAGCAAGGUGCCAAUUUUAGUUUAGACCACAGUCCUCAUGAAUGAUUAUAAGCUAGCCUGUGCUAUCACCUCAGAGCCUUUGGGUUGGGUUUGGAGGAAAAUGUAAAGCAAUUGUUGCCAUUUUACAGCCUUCCACCAGGUGUAAAUGGUUACACCAAUUGAGGAUCUGGGCCGGUGGACAGUCUCAGGACCAAUAGGUAGAGAUUAUGACCCUUUAUUGUGGUGACUCUGGUCAAUCUUUUCCUCAUGAUCAUUGGAGGUGGGUUUUUUAUUUUUUUGUUUUGUUUUUGUUUUAUUUAUUUUUCUACUUACACAAAUCGAUGGGCCCUUAGUAAACUGCUCAUCAUUUUUGUUUCUUGGAGACACCAUGAUGAGUUUUCCUUUUGCAAAAAUCCAUGUGGUUCCCCCAAUGUUGAUGAGAGUGGUUAAUUCUUACACACUAUGAAUAACAAACCUAGAAUCAUUUUGGACUGCUGACAUGGCCUCUGGCAAUUUAGGAGGGGCUGAACUCAGGACAAAGGCAUUUAAAUUUCAGCAUGUCCAUGGUAAGUCUAUCACAUGAGGGAGAAGCUCUGUAGAGCUUGUCAAGGAAGACAUUAUAGCCCUCCCCAAGCUAUUUCUCAAUGACCUUAUGAAUUUCAUGUCCUCUGAUUCCUUAGUUUGAGUGUACUUUGUGGUUGAGGUAUUGAAUCUCACAAGAUAAACCCAUCACCAUGCACUUGUCUCCUUGUACUUUGGAUUCCUUUCUCUAUAUCACAUUAAGCCUUUAUGGAACUGAAAUUCUUUUUUUUUUUAAGUUCAUUUAUUUACUUUGAGAGAGAAAAAGAGUAAGUUUGGGAGGUGCAGAGAGAGGGAUAGAGAGAAAAUCCCAAGCAGACUU